AUCAACUUCACCCUUGACCAGACUGCCACCUGGAAUGCAUCUCUCUUCUCUCCUUCCGUCCUCUCUCCUUCUCAUUUCCUCAAUUCCCUCAACACGUUCACGUGGCAUAUUGGACGCAUUACCGAUUCGAACCAUUUGAUGCGACGUUGCGGACCUCGACCCACGGGCUCCUCACUCGCAUCCAUCCUCCCUAUACGGCAAUCCCGCAUCCCCUCAUAAUCGUCCUAUCGUUUCGCUGCAGCCAUCAUUAUCCUGGUGAUCCUGGAUAUCAAGGUGCUUCUCGACCGCGGAAGGCAGAGCGCACGCGUUUCUCUCCCACUCGCGUAAUACUCGUGCUCACCGCGAUGGUGUUGCUCGUCCACUCCAGGUUAGAGAACGCUUUCUAGAAUGUCGCGCGCAUCCGGUGGCAGCUUUGCGGACUUCUUUCCCAAUGCUCCAUCGGUUGUUCAGAGCAAGCGACUGAAACUAGCGCAACAACCUUUGUCUGCCGAUCCUCCGGUGGCGCGCCAUGCGUCGCAAUCGGAUCACGCAGACAUUAUUUCAACUACCUCUGCGACUCAGUCGGCAUUUGAUGGCAGUUCUAACUCGACCAAAGAUCAGAGCAACUCCCGUCACACGGUCGAAGAUGAUUCCACCCAAAGACCUGGCUCGGGAGAUCUUUUGAACGGUGUGGGGUCGGAGAGUUCCUUGACUUCCACCGCGUCUUCCAUCUUUAGCCAACCAACCGGUCUUUCCAACAUGCCGAGUAACCAUGGCAUCACGACCGCUUCUACCAUUUUGACGCCCGUCACCAAUACUACCGAUUCAUCUCCUCCCGGGAAAGCGCCUAGUCCAUCACACAAGGGUUCCAUUGCCGCGAAGAACACGUUCACGGAUCCAAAGCCCAUGCAAAAUGGUACUCACGCAUUUACCCCCGCUCACACUCCGCCCGACGGGAUGCUUCCAGGCCCAGGUGAAGAGCGAGGAUCCGUCAUCGUGUGGGAUCCUGAGUUGGAUACGAAACUGUCAUCCAAGGAGAGACGAAAACAUCGUCCGAAGUACAAGGUGUUUGGAACAGAGAGUCGGCAGCAGUAUCCUCCUCCGGACCCCAGACUGGCCAUCGCUGGCUACACGGCCGGCGCAUUUCAUAAGAAGAACUCCCCGAACAAGCAGAGACUACGUCUCGCACCCUACGUUGUCAAACCUUACGCUUUCGAUGCUCGAACUUCGAUUGGGCCUGGACCACCGACUCAGAUCGUGGUCAACGGGUUUGACCCGUUUACAUCCGCGAGUCAGAUCAAGGCGGUUUUCGGUAGCUAUGGCGAGAUCGCCGAGCUUCUGAAUCAAACCGAUCCGGCAACCGGAAGUUUCCUCGGCAUUUGUCUCAUUCGAUAUCGGGAUACCAAACCCCUUCGUGGCACACCCAUUCCCGCAUCGCAAGCCGCGAGAAAGGCGGAAAAGGAAGGCACAGGGCAACGAAUCGGGUUGAAGACGGUCAAAGUCUCACGGGAUCCGGAAGGACGACGAUGUCGUCGCAUGGUGUCGGAUAUCUUGCGAAGGAUCAAAGACGAACAGGAAAAGGAACGCGAACGGGAACAAAAACUUCAAGACCGCCGUGCCGUCAGUGUUGCUCCUUCACCCACGGUACCUGCACCACCGCCGGGUGCCCCCAAAGGCCCUUCGGGAACCGGAUUUCGAGCCCCUCCAGUCGCCCCUCCAGUCGCCCCUCAACCCCCUCAACCUCCACGCCGACCUGACCAUAAUCUCAUCGAAACCGAGUCUCUUCUUCAGACGAUCAAGCGCAGACCAUAUAUAUUUCUCGCCCACUGCUAUGUCCCGGUCAUGGGGACCACCGUUCCUCAUAUGUACAAGCGGUUUCGCAUGUACGACGUCUAUGAGAUCCGAGCGGACCAGACGGGAUACUACAUCACCUUCGACGACUCCAAACGUGGAGAGGACGAAUGCACUCGACUAUUCCGGGAAUGUCACCUGAAACUUCUUUUCAAUUACAUUAUGAACAUGGAUUGCCAGCCAUAUGGAAAUCCGAACUACCAACGAAGUCCCUCUCCAGAGCGAGCUGCAGCCCAAGCCAAAGCGAGAAAGGAGGACGAGUUCAUCCGGAAACACGAUGACGCGGAUUUUGAAGAGGAGAAGAAGGAGCGCGCAGACCGGUUGGACCCCGUGAAAGGAGCCAUUGAAGUUCUGGUCCCUCAAUUGCGGGAGAUGCUGUUGAAAGACAUCAAGAAGCGAAUUAUUGCUCCCCAUCUCAAUGAGUAUCUGGACCCGGACCGACAUGUUGCCAAAAGGCAAAAGCUUGGGAUUUCCGAUCCUCCUGACAAAGCCUCGACUCGACCAACGUUUCAAAUUGGGGUUGGUGAUGAAAGCCCGUCCACCCCUCUCUCGAGGCAUGGCUUCGCAGGGAGAUCAAAACCACCAUUUCGAAGAGAUCAUGUCACGCCAAAGGAUCGACUUUCCGUGGUGGCCAGCGAAGGUAAUGCGUUUUUGGACGAUCGGAGGAGGAGAAUCGCGCAAUCCAGACGGAGAACCCAACCGCUUCACCGACGCCUUCACGAUUUUUAUGAUAGUGAGGACUCGGACGAUGAACAGUCCGGCGCCAUUCGCCCGGAAUCGGAAGAGCAGGAGAGCCGUUCGGUCACGCAUAUUAGCCGUAGUCCCUCCCGGUCAGUCUUCGAUGCCGAUGAAGAUGCGCCGAAACGCAAACGGAGACGACUCGACCUUGGUUGGGGAGCCGAAAGCGACGAUGAACUUUUGGAUGCCGUGGCUCGGAAGACUUUGGGGCAUCUGAUUCACAAAGAACCGGAAGACAUGGCGAGAGCUGAACUGGUUCAAGUGGUUUCCACGCUUCCUCGAUCGUCACACUUAUGGAAACGAGCCCAUGCUGAGAUCAGCCUCCGAGACAGGGCAGCAGAGGAUGAUGAAUUGUUCUUCGGCCUACAGGGCACCAAACCGGCAACCGCGGAGGUCAAGAUGGAUGUCGAGCCAGCGGACAACUCUUCAACUGCCAUCGUGGAAGUCAAAAAGCCGAAGAAAACCAAACGACCUCCAAAGUCGCGGACAAGGAAAGAAGAGAAAGGAGAAAUCGAGACCCUCGAAGUUCAAACCCAGUUACAUGUUGAAGAACAUGUCAUCGACUCCGAGUUACCAACACCACAGCCUAGCAUUGAGGGAACUCAAAAGCCCAAGCCUCGACAGCGUCGGAAAUUCAAUGCAAAGGCUUUCAUCAAAGGUUCGCGAACUGUCGAUGAUGGUCCGAACGUUUUCCUGGACCUGGAUGGAUGGCAGUCCAUUGUUCGCGAUGUCGAGGAUAUGCGGUAUCUCAGCCACAUUCUGUUGGAAGUGGCUCCGACCAAUUUGGGUGAUAUCGAGCUAUGGGCGUGGCGGGAGAAGAUGUUCAAGUCGCUUCAUAACGACGGACAAUUCGGCGUCACAUCAUCUCCUCCAACGAUUUCCGGCUAUUAUGUUCCGAAUCCUACCGGAUGUGCUCGAACCGAAGGAGUCAAGAAGAUUGCCGAAUCGGAGAAGUCCAAAUAUCUCCCUCAUCGCAUUCGGGUUGCUCAACAACAGGCCGAACGUGCUGCUCGAGCCGAGAAAGAUCCACAAUACGCUGCCGAUGCCGCUCGACAGGCUGCCGCCGCGAAAACCGCCUCGACUGCCACUUCUCGAUCCAAUCGUGUCAACAAUCGACGUCUCGUCAAUGAGAUCAACACCCAAAAGAAGGCAUUGGAGUCCGGCGAUACCGAUUCCGUUGCUCUCCGAUUCAAUCAACUCAAGAAGAGACGAAAAUUGGUUCGAUUCGAACGGUCCGCCAUUCAUGGUUGGGGUCUUUAUGCUGAGGAAAACAUUUCUGCUAAUGAUAUGAUCAUCGAAUAUGUUGGAGAGAUCAUCCGACCUUCUGUGGCAGAGCUUCGUGAGGUCAAGUACGCUCGUGCUGGCAUUGGAAGUUCGUAUCUCUUCCGCAUUGAUGAAGAACAAGUGGUGGAUGCUACCAAAAAAGGCAGUGUCGCAAGGUUCAUCAAUCACUCUUGCUCUCCCAACUGUACCGCCAAGAUCAUCAAGGUCGAGGGUACCCGUCGCAUUGUCAUCUACGCCGCCAAGGACAUCCACAAAGGUCAGGAACUCACGUACGAUUACAAAUUCGAACGGGAGUUUGAGUCGGACGAUCGUGUUCCUUGUCUUUGCGGUAGCAUUGCAUGCAAAGGCUUCUUGAAUUGAGCGAUUUCGUUCAGUAUCCUCCGUCCAAGGUUGGUGUUGAUGGCAUGGAUUCUUACUCUACAUCUGGUAGACGGUGGUAGGCCAUCCAUUUGCAGACGGUUGUCUGGACGUUCGGCCAUAAAACGACUCCGUUGGUCAACUAAUUCAUGUUUUCAUGUUAUCCUCAUGGACUUUGGAGUCAUACUAGAACCAUUUCUUCUGGGAACUUGCUUCACCCACCGUUCAACGGGGUGUGGUAUCAAGUCGUGGUGGAGCACGGUAGCUGCACACCAGGUGGUCUUAAACCACCUGAAUAUUUUAUGAUGACUGCAGGAGAUCACAAUGAAAUGCCAUGCACUCAAUCUUCA